ACUGUCGGAGACUCUUUGGCGUCGCUUUUUGACAACUCACUGCUUUAAUUCAAUUGCUUGUUACUGCUGUCCUCGAGCCCAGACGGGAAGACCACUGCAAGUCCAAAAGUAUUGUAUAGACAAAAGCACGAGUACGUCUGGGCAGGCUUUGCCCGGAAUACUUUCGGCGAACACGUGCCACGUACCCGCAGCCUGGCCAGCAGCCAGCGCAGCAGCCCAAGCACCCGCCGUUGCCGCUCCCAGCAACAUCACGACAGGCACAACGCUCCCAACCAACAAAAUGUCACAGCCCAAAUUACAAUACACGUCGCUGCUGAGGGGCCCAAUCCUGCUGGCCCACUUCUUCGCGACCGCCUUCGCCAUCGGCUACUCAGUCGCGGGCGUGCGCAUGUCCAUCUUCCGCAUCUUUGCGCACGGCGCAUCGCCGCAUCGCACCUGUGAUGCCAUCAUGCUGGGCUUUAUGUGGUAUGGAGGAUUCACGGCGCUGGCAGCGAGCGGCCUGACUGUGGUGCUGGUCAUUGUCCGGUGCUGUCUCAUGUCCUUGUGGGCUCGUGCAGCCGGCCCUGGCGGCGCGGGGGUCCCUCGCCUCAAAAUUAUUCGCAGCCGCUACGCCAGCGCUCGGCCCGCCGCCCUAGUGUCGCUUUGGCUGGCGCCCUUGGCAAUGCUGGAAUCUCUGGAUGAGUUCAGGAAUGGCGACGGCAACGACGAUACCUCGUCAGCCACCGCCCCGGCAGCAGGCGGCGCGGCGGCUCCGCAAGACCGCUACCGGUGCAGCAGCCCGGGGGAUGACGUGGAGUGUGCGGCGGCCCUGCUCCUCCGUCGCAGCCCCACCGCCUCCGGCAACGCCAGUGAUGAGAACAGCAGCGACGUGAAGACAGCUGCCGCUGGAACUGCUUCGAUUGCUGCUGGCGGUGGCGGCUGCUACAGCGUCGGCUACGUGCCGCUCCCAAGCGCACCACCCCAGCCCCACCUCACACCCCCACCCGCUGCAUCCGCCUUCUCAACAGCUGCCUCCAGCACCUCACCGGCUCCCACCGCUGCUGCUACUGCGGCAGCUGUGCCGCCCACCCCACCCACGGCGCCUUCCAGCAAUGCCUUCCUCCCUCCUACCCCCAGCGCGCUGCCGCCAGCGCCCGCAGCAGCACCGCAACCGCCCCCCACCACCACCACCAGCAACCACCACCACCACCAGCAGCAUCAGCAACUUCUCGGAACUCCCGGCCAUCACGGCCCUCCCUCAAGCAGCAGCACCUCCAGCAACACUUGCCGCAGUACCCUCAGCAGCCGACCCGGCCGCUGCUGGCGUGCCACGUGGCGGCUGCUCAGGUGCUUCGCCGCGGAGGCCGGCCUGGUGCUGGCGCCGGUGUGGCUGCACCUGUUUGUGGUGGGCAGCGCACUCGGCGUGUUGGCGCUGCUGGGAGCCCGUGUGAUGACGGACCCCUUCUAUUGAGAGUUAUUUGAGACGCACGCAUUCCUGCUGGUUAGUUUCUGGGAGAGAAAGGUUUCAAGGCGAAGGCAGUGCUCGUAUCUUCCAUCUACACUGUAGAAAUCUGCCCGAAAUCCGCCGAAGGCGGAGAAAAAAUUUUGGGUUUGGGUGCCACGCAUCUACGCAGUGUAGACGGUUUUGGCCGGUUUGGGCGCAAAAAUGGGGGAAGCGUAGACGUUUUGGGGGGCUUGGGGCUUAAGUGUAGAUGCCGCGGUCAGGGUCAUCUACGCAUGUGUAGAUGCCGGGUGCCUGAGGGCAUCUACAAGAUACGAGCACUGGGCGAAGGGAAGUAAGGUAGGCAAGAGUACAUGGUUGAAGCCGGAGGUGCGCGGCUGCGUGCGGUUGGGUAGCGGGUGGCUGGGUGGGGCUGGCAAGCCGGAUGGGCGGUCGUAGCUCACGGCACGGGUACGGUGCGAUUGCGCUUGGGUUUGGGCGAUUUUAAUUGCGUGGACCAGCAAACGAAUGCAUGAGCAUGCAAAAUGUAUGCGUAUGCAUGUCAUUUCGCUAGACGAGGGGAUUCAUUAUUCUCAGUACACUAGACGGAUGCAUUGCGGAUGCUCAUUUGUGACGCGGUAUGGGGUUUGUGUGCUUGGGUUGCAGCGAGCUGAGUAAGCUGAGUAGCUUCUGUGACAUACGGUAGGGAGAAGGUGCCCCUUGGAUUCACGGAUGGAAUGCGCAGGAUGUGCAUAGAGUGCAAGAUGCACAUGUGAGACAGGAGGUAGAUGGAGGCACAGUCAGACAGCAUGGUGUGGCAUUACACGUGUAUGACUGCACGUGUGCCCCCAAGUGAACCAGUCUCGUAGCUAGCUGUGCAAACCUACGCACGCAUGCGGUUUGUUAUUCCGCAUCACAAGCUGCACAUGUCACGUGACCUACGCCACGCGGCCAUACGUUUCGGUGUUAAGUUGCCGCCA